AUCAGUGUCUGCACGUUUUACAUGAAUGAGCGCAAGCAGAUUAACUUCAUGGUGUGUUGGUUUUCAAAAUACACCAGUUUAAUAAACUGUGGAAUAAUAUUGACAAAGAAAUUAACUGACCCGCGCUUUUCCAAAAUUUGAUUUUGUCAUAUACUGUAAUACUGUUGAUGGCUAAAGUAAGUAAUCCACCGGUGCGAGCUAUAAUGCCGGCCGCUUCUGCUAAUUCUACGCCUAAUGAGUUGCAAAACGCUAACGCUAAGGAGAAGAAGAAGAGAGAAAAUCACAGAUGGACUGAACGAGAGGAGCGCUUAUUGGUUGAAUGGUUGCAAAACCCGGAUAAUUACCAGCAGUGGAAAUGCGCCGGGAAGAAAGAUACUGCGGCGGGAAGCGGGGGCCAGCAAACCACAAAGGUGCAGCCAAACGGGAAAACCAAGACGGACGUUGCGAAGAUGCUGGCGAAAUAUUUGGUAGCAAAAUGUGGAGUUAGCGCCAAAAUCCGCACUGCGAAGAACAUCAAUGAGAAGAUUUCGGGGUUUGAAAGUAAAUGGCGCGAAGCUAACACCUGGCUGAAAGGAACCGGAAACGGGUUAAUGCAUCCGGAUGAAUCUCGUGAAAGCCGACUGCAGCGAACGAACAUACGAGACGAAGUGAAAGAUCAGCUCAAAUACUUUUUUGACUUGGACGCUGUCUUUGGGGAGCGCCCUUCGAAUGAGCCGGCUUAUGUCUCAAACACCGGAUCAAACAACAAUGAAAACGUGAUGUCAGUGAUGCGAUUUAACGCAUCCGGCGACGAUGACGACGAACCAGAUACACCUGAGGCGCCUACAACUUCAAAUAACAGUCGCCGGGAGAACAAUACGGAGACAGAAGAUCACAGAAGCUAUCAGGAUAUGGUACUGGAGGGUGACAUAGACCGCGAAAUCGAACCGGCAUCAGCUGAUCCGGGCAAGAUUGUUAUUGGAGACAAAAAGAAAAAGAAGCGCCAGAAAACUGUAGAUUUCCCGGAAGCCCUUAUGGUCAUCGAGGAGAAAAAAGAUAAACGUUUCGAAGAGGAAGUAGCACUUGCUAGAAUGAGAGAAAAUCGCAUGGAGCGUCUGCAAGAGCGCCAAAUUGAAUUUCAAGAAAAACAACUGGAGCACCAGAAAAGCGAACUGGAAGUGCGGAAAAUGGAAGCGGAAAAUCGCAGAAUGGAGUUAGAGCUGUUGAUGCGAAAAAAUAACUGAAUUGCGCAAAUGUUGUUCCGAGUUUGCAUCUUUUUGCAUAUACUGUGUGCUUUGUAUAUUGCGUAUGGUAUUCUGUCCAGUUUUUAUACUUCUAUGCGUUUUCUAAACUUAAACUCUGAAUAUUUUCCUAACUCUGAACGUAUUAUUCACUAUCAAUUUUCCUUGUUGAAUUCAGGCAUUUUCUACUAAUUAAAAUUGUGCGUAUGGGAUCAAGAAGUUAAAUGCAUUUUAUCGGCGCAGUAUAUUUUCCCCAAUAAAAGUGCCU